UUUCGAUAUUCAGUUAUUAGUAGCCCGCCAACUGCAGAACAGCGAAAACGUAGUGAUACCUGGAUAUAUAUAACUCAAAAUUCGAUCGGAAUCCAUAAUGAAGUGCUUCAUCUUGGCUGCCCUGUUGCUGGCCACCCUUGCCAGCGGCGAGAACAUCUUCAAGAUCAACAUAACCCCCGAGGAGGCUCAGCAGUUUUUGAAUAGCGCCCAAUUGCGCGGCGUUGGCGACAUCGAGUAUGCACCCAAGACCGGAGAGAAUCCGCUGCCCGAGGCCCGCAACGAGCAGGGACAAUUCGUGUACAUGGGUCGGGUGAUCGAGCAUCCCGAGGAUUAUGUGGAGGAGCACUACGAUGCCCAUCAGUACCAUGGCCAGGACGGCCUGGGUCAGUUUGCCUAUGGCUACAAGGACUGGAAUCAGGGCAAGAACGAGAGGCGCGAUGAGACGGGCAAGGUGACUGGAUCGUACAAGUACGUUCAGCCGCAUGGCCGUGACUUUGUGGCCAACUACUAUGCGGAUAAGACCGGUUUCCAUGUGGAGGACAACCGGCCAGCGCACCUGAAACUGCCGGCGACCAAAACUCCGGCUGUUUUGAAGGCCGAGGAGGAGCAUUUCAAGCUGUGGGGUGAACUGGCCGCCGCCGCUGGUCACAAUCCCGAUCCCUAUGCCGCCGAGUACCAGCAGGAGGGUCGCUAUCAGCCCGCCGAGCCAGAGUACCAGCCCUACGUCCACGAGGAGCAGCCAUAUGUUCCCGGACCCGAGGAGACCGGUGAGCCCAAGGGCUUCUUCUACGCCUUCGACUACAAUGUCCCAUUGUUACGCAACAAGGAGGAGCGCGCCGAGCUGGAACGCCUGCGGGCCGUCAACAACAAGGAUGAGUAGAAUGAUCCAGAUCCUUGCGGAUUUUUAGGAGAUCCAUCGCAUCCAUGGAUCGCCUUGUAUAGUAGGUCGUUCUGUAGAAAGUAGCUAAAAAAAAAACAUUCCACAUAUGUAUAUUUAUUGAAUACUUCGCAAAAUAAAUCGCAGCUUCGAAUACACUUUUGUCAAA